AUGUUGACCAGUGAUAUAAAUUUCACCGAAAAAUCUUUUAUCAAUUUGAUUGCGAUUCUAUUGAGUUUUUUCGUGGUGAAAAAACUUUUCGAUCAUAUUAAAUAUCUGAGUUACUUUUUUAAACUUCCAAAAGAUCCCGAGUGUUCAUUUGUGUUUGGUGAUUUACUCAAAUUCAGAUCUGCGUUUUGGGAUAAAAAAUUUUCAUCAAACUUGAGCUUUAUAAAUUGUAAUCUCCAAUCAACAGUUAAUUUAACCAAUUUUGUCACUUCGAAUGCUUCAAAUUACCAAAUCGAAUCGGGUUUACAUGCACUUUGAUGGAGGCCCAGUGUUGUCCUUAACGAUUAUAAAUCCAUUGAGGCAUUGAUUAGUAAAAGUAAUAUUACUAAGCCCACUUUCUAUAGAUUUAUUGGACUGAGCGAGGGUUUGGUCACUUCAAGUGGUGAAAAAUGGAAAAUGAGACGAAAAAUGAUUGAACCUUUUUAUGUUAGUAAACAACAGAAAAGAUUCGCAUUAACCAUUGACGAAGUAUUCGAUUCGUUGGUAAAUGAAGAAUUAGUCGAUCUUUCUAACCAGAGAAAAUAUUCAACUUUAUCUGAUCAAAUUCGUUUAUCAACAUUCAAUAUCAUCUGUAAGCUCACUGGUGAUGUGCCGAUAGAUUCAGAGAGAGAGGAAAAACUUUUUGCGAUGCAAGUUGUCGAACUGUUCGAGACGAUUACGAUAACAAGGAUGUGUAAUCCACUUUAUUGGAGUGAUACAAUUUUCUUUUCAACAGAAUUCGGUAAAAAUUGCCAAAAUGGCCACUCGAUGUUACAAAUUCGUCGAAAAUUUCGUUAUCAAUCUAAUGAGCCAAUCCCAACCAAUUUUGUCACUAUGCUCGCUGGUUCUAACAGAGGUACAAUCGAUUCAAAAGGAAUCAUUGAAGAGCUGAUUACAACGGCUGCAGCGGGACACGAAAGCACGGCCAGUUCCCUCAACUGGACAAUGUUCAUAUUAGGGAAUCGUCUUGAUAUUCAAGAAAAGUUAUACCAAGAAAUUUCAUCGGUGUUUGAGGACAACGAAUCUGUGAAUGAUAUUGAAAAGAUUAAGAGUUGUGAUUACCUCGAUAAGUGUAUCAAAGAGUCGAUGAGACUUUAUCCACCAAUACCAUUGAUUGCAAGAGAACUGGAUGAGCCAAUGGAGAUUAAUGGUUACAAUUUACCAAAAGGAUCAAUAGUUUUAUGCAGCAUUCUGAGUAUCCAUCGGGAUCCUAGAAUUUAUCCUAAUCCAACCGAAUAUGAUCCAGAGCGUUUCGAUUCAUCAAAUUUACCAAAUAUUCCUAAAGAAGCUUAUAUACCUUUCGGUAUAGCACCAAGAGCUUGUAUUGGGUCUCGAUUUUCAUUAAUCGAAAUGAAAAUUUUCUUAAUUCAUUUGAUAAGAAGAUAUGAAAUUUUCUCAGCCAAGAAACUCGAAGAAGUUUCUUUCAAAAUGGAAUAAUUAAAACCUUUAUGUCCUUUGGAAAUUAUGCUGCGAAAACGGAAGAUCGAUCAAAAAUGUACAAUCGACAAUCACAGUACAGGAAAAUGACCAAUCUGAUUCAGUUCGAGGAUAAUGAUGAAAACUCUUGACGUUGUAAUGACCAGAAAAAAAGAUCAAAUUGAAAAUAAAGUUGUUGUUUAUUUCGUUACUUCGCUCAA